UAAGUCCAAACUACUGUUGAAUUCUGUGAGCAGCCUUAGGUCUGGUGACAACACAUAUUUACAAACGACAUUAUAUUUCUACGGAUAAACAGCCUAUCAAGAGUUUAGGAAAAUGGAAGAUAUGGCUCGAACUACAGCCCCUGUGCCCAACGAAAACCUCAAGAUACAACUGAACGGGAAUAACUUAAAAAACGCGAAUUGUAAGAAAAAUGGAUACCACAAUAAGGCACAGAAAAACAGCACAGCACAUAGUGCUGGGCCCCCCUCCAGUCGGCAGAGACCUGAAUCACAUAGUGCUGGGCCCCCCUCCAGUCGGCAGAGGUUUGAGAGACCAGAAUCCUUUGAGCAGGCUCCCAUGUACGUAGCUGUGAUGACAUACCUGGGGUUCGGCAUCGUCACACUGUUUGGAUACUUCAGGGACUUCCUCAGAGCAGUAGGACUGGAGAAAUGUCACAUCGCCAGGGAGAGAGAGGAGCAGAAGGAUUUUGUCCCACUGUAUCAAGACUUUGAGAACUUCUACACCCGUAACCUGUACAUGAGAGUAAGAGACAACUGGAACAGGCCUAUCUGCAGUCUACCUGGCCCUGUGUUUGACGUGAUGGAGAGGGUGUCCCCAGACUACAACUGGACAUUCAGUUUAACAGGGAAGACCAUAGACGAUGUCAUCAACAUGGGUUCCUAUAAUUACCUGGGUUUCGCUGAGAACGACGGUGAUUUCCUGAAGACUGUGGCAGACAGAACCCAGCAGUAUGGUCUCGGGGUCUGCAGCACACGACAGGAAAUGGGUAACCUGGCUGUCCAUGAGGAGUUGGAGCAGCUUGUAGCCACCUUCCUGGGGGUGGAGUCCUCCAUGAUCUUCGGCAUGGGCUUUGCUACCAACUCUAUGAACAUACCGGCACUGGUCGGCAAGGGCUGUCUGAUUCUGAGUGAUGAGCUGAACCACACCUCGCUGAUCUUGGGGGCCAGGUUGUCAGGGGCAACCAUCUGGGUGUUCAAGCACAACAACAUGCAGAGCCUGGAGCGUCUGUUGAGGGAGGCGGUGUGUAGUGGGCAGCCUCGGACCCACCGGCCCUGGAAGAAGAUUCUGAUCAUGGUGGAAGGAAUCUACAGUAUGGAGGGGUCUGUGGUGCGUCUGCCGGACAUCGUAGCCCUGAAGAAGAAGUACAAGGCCUACCUGUACUUGGACGAGGCUCACAGUAUUGGGGCGGUGGGGCCGACAGGUCGGGGUGUUACAGAACUGUUUGGUCUGGACACCUCAGACAUAGACGUCAUGAUGGGAACAUUCACCAAGAGUUUCGGGGCUGCAGGAGGAUACAUUGCUGGGAAGAAGGAGCUGGUCGACUACCUGCGUAGCCACUCCCACAGUGCGGUGUACACCUCGGGCAUGUCUCCUCCCGUCACAGAACAGAUCCUGAGAGCCAUGAAAUGCAUCAUGGGGCUGGAUGGAACCACCGUGGGUCAGGCCAGGGUGCACCAGCUAGCAGAGAACACACGUUACUUCAGGUCUCGCCUUCAGGAGAUGGGCUUCAUCAUCUAUGGUAACGAUGAUUCUCCCGUGGUCCCGAUACUGCUCUACAUGCCAGGAAAAGUUGUGGCUUUCUCUCGUGCCAUGCUGAAGAGGAAGAUAGGAGUGGUGGUUGUAGGGUUCCCUGCCACGCCCAUCACCGAGGCACGGGCACGCUUCUGUCUGUCUGCUGCACACACCAAGGCCAUGCUCGACCAGGUGUUGUUUGAUCUGAACGAGUUAGGAGAUGAUUUGUGUCUGAAGUUCUCCCGGAGGAAAUAUUCUCCUCGUCCACAACAACACAACAACAACAACACAGACUUUGAGCUGGACAGUUAGCCAAUAGACUGAUAGGAUAACCCCUGACCUCUGACCUCCCAUCUCUGCACUGAGAGACUGUAACGGUGGUUCCACGCUGACAGGGAAUGGCCAUACGUCCCAAUAAUUUCUCCUUUAUCCCAAAGUUGUGCACUUGUGCUCUCCUCCCCACACGCAUGUUAAAAACAUUGGAUUGGUGUAAGCAUGGGUUAGACAGUGUCUAGUACCAUGUGUCUUGUACCAGAUCAUAAUGGGAAGUGAACAGGUCGUACAUGGUUUGAUUUUGGGAACAGCAGGUGGGCCUCUGCCUUCCCUGCCAGUCCAAUACACAGAGAGAGUGGGGUCUCACCUCUACCAGUCCAAUACACAGAGAGAGUGGGGUCUCAUCUCUACCAGUCCAAUACACAGAGAGAGUGGGGUCUCAUCUCUACUAGUCCAAUACACAGAGAGAGUGGGGUCUCACCUCUACCAGUCCAAUACACAGAGAGAGUGGGGUCUCAUCUCUACUAGUCCAAUACACAGAGAGAGUGGGGUCUCAUCUCUACUAGUCCAAUACACAGAGAGAGUGGGGUCUCAUCUCUACCAGUCCAAUACACAGAGAGAGUGGGGUCUCAUCUCCACCUUAUACAACCAAAAGGAAUGUCCAGUGCCCAAAGUGCUGCUGGUCUGUUCUGUAUAUAAUAGUGUGUGUUCAUAUUAGAAUGUAAAUUAACAGAUCAUAUAAUUCGGAUCGUUAUACAAGGCAACCAAUCGUUCCAGGCUGCCUUUGUAAAUAAGAAUGUGUUCUUAAUUGACUGGCCUGAUUUUUAAAUAAAUGUCAAAUUAAUGAAUUGAUUUGAAAUGUAUGAAAGCCAGAGGCAGAGAAAGAUGUCUGUCUCUUGGUAUUUUAUGAUGUUUAUUAAAUGUUGCUUUGUUACCGUAA